AUGCAACUGUUCGUCAUUUGCCUGCUGGCGGCCACCACAGCCGCCUUCACCCUCUUCGGGCCGCACAUUCGCAUCGUUCCAGGUGCGAAGCCCAACGAGAUCAUGCUACACUUCCGCAAUCCGUGCAGCAAUAAGACCAGCAUCACGACCCUCAGGCCACCGCCGCCACCCUGCCAGCAGCAUCCCACCACGCCGGCAUGCGAGCACAGGAUCACCAGUCCGGCACCCACGAAGACGCCUUGUCCGCACGACACGACAACGCCACACCCAUGUGGCACACACCCCACCACGCCAGGGUCAACGACGAGCAGGGCGACAACUCCCAGGCCAACAUUCGAAACCACAAUAAAGACAACCCAGACACCCACAAAGCCAACCACUGACACACCCACAGAUGCGACAACCAAGCCAACGACUCUGAAACCCUCAGAGACGACAACUUCUAAGCCCACCGAUACGACAACCAAGCCAACGACUCUGAAACCAUCUGAGACAACGACUGGCAAACCCACAGAUGCGACAACCAAGCCAACGACUCUGAAACCAUCCGAGACGACAACUUCUAAGCCCACCGAUGCGACAACCAAGCCAACGACUCUGAAACCAUCUGAGACAACGACUGGCAAACCCACAGAUGCGACAACCAAGCCAACGACUCUGAAACCAUCAGAGACAACAACUGGUAAACCCACAGAUGCGACAACCAAGCCAACGACUCUGAAACCAUCUGAGACAACGACUGGCAAACCCACAGAUGCGACAACCAAGCCAACGACUCUGAAACCAUCUGAGACAACGACUAGCAAACCCACAGAUGCGACAACCAAGCCAACGACUCUGAAACCAACGACUCUGAAACCAUCUGAGACAACGACUGGCAAACCCACAGAUGCGACAACCAAGCCAACGACUCUGAAACCAUCUGAGACAACGACUGGCAAACCCACAGAUGCGACAACCAAGCCAACGACUCUGAAACCAUCUGAGACAACGACUGGCAAACCCACAGAUGCGACAACCAAGCCAACGACUCUGAAACCAUCUGAGACAACAACUGGCAAACCCACAGAUGCGACAACCAAGCCAACGACUCUGAAACCAUCUGAGACAACGACUGGCAAACCCACAGAUGCGACAACCAAGCCAACGACUCUGAAACCAUCUGAGACAACGACUGGCAAACCCACAGAUGCGACAACCAAGCCAACGACUCUGAAACCAUCUGAGACAACGACUGGCAAACCCACAGAUGCGACAACCAAGCCAACGACUCUGAAACCAUCUGAGACAACGACUGGCAAACCCACAGAUGCGACAACCAAGCCAACGACUCUGAAACCAUCUGAGACAACGACUGGCAAACCCACAGAUGCGACAACCAAGCCAACGACUCUGAAACCAUCUGAGACAACGACUGGCAAACCCACAGAUGCGACAACCAAGCCAACGACUCUGAAACCAACGACUCUGAAACCAUCUGAGACAACGACUGGCAAACCCACAGAUGCGACAACCAAGCCAACGACUCUGAAACCAUCUGAGACAACGACUGGCAAACCCACAGAUGCGACAACCAAGCCAACGACUCUGAAACCAUCAGAGACAACAACUGGCAAACCCACAGAUGCGACAACCAAGCCAACGACUCUGAAACCAUCUGAGACAACGACUGGCAAACCCACAGAUGCGACAACCAAGCCAACGACUCUGAAACCAUCAGAGACAACGACUGGCAAACCCACAGAUGCGACAACCAAGCCAACGACUCUGAAACCAUCAGAGACAACGACUGGCAAACCCACAGAUGCGACAACCAAGCCAACGACUCUGAAACCAACGACUCUGAAACCAUCUGAGACAACGACUGGCAAACCCACAGAUGCGACAACCAAGCCAACGACUCUGAAACCAUCAGAGACAACGACUGGCAAACCCACAGAUGCGACAACCAAGCCAACGACUCUGAAACCAUCAGAGACAACGACUGGCAAACCCACAGAUGCGACAACCAAGCCAACGACUCUGAAACCAUCUGAGACAACGACUGGCAAACCCACAGAUGCGACAACCAAGCCAACGACUCUGAAACCAUCUGAGACAACGACUGGCAAACCCACAGAUGCGACAACCAAGCCAACGACUCUGAAACCAUCAGAGACAACGACUGGCAAACCCACAGAUGCGACAACCAAGCCAACGACUCUGAAACCAUCAGAGACAACAACUUCUAAGCCCACCGAUGCGACAACCAAGCCAACGACUCUGAAACCAUCAGAGACAACAACUGGCAAACCCACAGAUGCGACAACCAAGCCAACGACUCUGAAACCAUCAAAGACAACGACUGGCAAACCCACAGAUGCGACAACCAAGCCAACGACUCUGAAACCAUCAGAGACAACGACUGGCAAACCCACAGAUGCGACAACCAAGCCAACGACUCUGAAACCAUCAGAGACAACGACUGGCAAACCCACAGAUGCGACAACCAAGCCAACGACUCUGAAACCAUCAGAGACAACGACUGGCAAACCCACAGAACCUAAACCCACAGAUGCGACAACCAAGCCAACGACUCUGAAACCACUGAAACCAUCAGAGACAACGACUGGCAAACCCACAGAUGCGACAACCAAGCCAACGACUCUGAAACCAUCAGAGACGACAACUUCUAAGCCCACCGAUGCGACAACCAAGCCAACGACUCUGAAACCAUCUGAGACAACGACUGGCAAACCCACAGAUGCGACAACCAAGCCAACGACUCUGAAACCAUCUGAGACAACGACUGGCAAACCCACAGAUGCGACAACCAAGCCAACGACUCUGAAACCAUCUGAGACAACGACUGGCAAACCCACAGAUGCGACAACCAAGCCAACGACUCUGAAACCAUCAGAGACAACGACUGGCAAACCCACAGAUGCGACAACCAAGCCAACGACUCUGAAACCAUCAGAGACAACGACUGGCAAACCCACAGAUGCGACAACCAAGCCAACGACUCUGAAACCAUCUGAGACAACGACUGGCAAACCCACAGAUGCGACAACCAAGCCAACGACUCUGAAACCAUCAGAGACAACGACUGUCAAACCCACAGAUGCGACAACCAAGCCAACGACUCUGAAACCAUCUGAGACAACGACUGGCAAACCCACAGAUGCGACAACCAAGCCAACGACUCUGAAACCAUCAGAGACAACGACUGUCAAACCCACAGAUGCGACAACCAAGCCAACGACUCUGAAACCAUCUGAGACAACGACUGGCAAACCCACAGAUGCGACAACCAAGCCAACGACUCUGAAACCAUCAGAGACAACGACUGUCAAACCCACAGAUGCGACAACCAAGCCAACGACUCUGAAACCAUCUGAGACAACUACUGGCAAACCCACAGAUGCGACAACCAAGCCAACGACUCUGAAACCAACGACUCUGAAACCAUCAGAGACAACGACUGGCAAACCCACAGAUGCGACAACCAAGCCAACGACUCUGAAACCAUCAGAGACGACAACUUCUAAGCCCACCGAUGCGACAACCAAGCCAACGACUCUGAAACCAUCAGAGACAACGACUGGCAAACCCACAGAUGCGACAACCAAGCCAACGACUCUGAAACCAUCAGAGACGACAACUUCUAAGCCCACCGAUGCGACAACCAAGCCAACGACUCUGAAACCAUCAGAGACAACGACUGGCAAACCCACAGAUGCGACAACCAAGCCACUGAAACCAUCUGAGACAACGACUGGCAAACCCACAGAUGCGACAACCAAGCCAACGACUCUGAAACCAUCAGAGACGACAACUUCUAAGCCCACCGAUGCGACAACCAAGCCAACGACUCUGAAACCAUCUGAGACAACGACUGGCAAACCCACAGAUGCGACAACCAAGCCAACGACUCUGAAACCAUCUGAGACAACGACUGGCAAACCCACAGAUGCGACAACCAAGCCAACGACUCUGAAACCAUCUGAGACAACGACUGGCAAACCCACAGAUGCGACAACCAAGCCAACGACUCUGAAACCAUCAGAGACGACAACUUCUAAGCCCACCGAUGCGACAACCAAGCCAACGACUCUGAAACCAUCUGAGACAACGACUGGCAAACCCACAGAUGCGACAACCAAGCCAACGACUCUGAAACCAUCUGAGACAACGACUGGCAAACCCACAGAUGCGACAACCAAGCCAACGACUCUGAAACCAUCUGAGACAACGACUGGCAAACCCACAGAUGCGACAACCAAGCCAACGACUCUGAAACCAUCAGAGACGACAACUUCUAAGCCCACCGAUGCGACAACCAAGCCAACGACUCUGAAACCAUCUGAGACAACGACUGCCAAGCCAACGACUCUGAAACCAUCUGAGACAACGACUGGCAAACCCACAGAUGCGACAACCAAGCCAACGACUCUGAAACCAUCUGAGACAACGACUGGCAAACCCACAGAUGCGACAACCAAGCCAACGACUCUGAAACCAUCUGAGACAACGACUGGCAAACCCACAGAUGCGACAACCAAGCCAACGACUCUGAAACCAUCAGAGACGACAACUUCUAAGCCCACCGAUGCGACAACCAAGCCAACGACUCUGAAACCAUCUGAGACAACGACUGGCAAACCCACAGAUGCGACAACCAAGCCAACGACUCUGAAACCAUCAGAGACGACAACUUCUAAGCCCACCGAUGCGACAACCAAGCCAACGACUCUGAAACCAUCUGAGACAACGACUGGCAAACCCACAGAUGAAACAACCAGGCGAUCGACUCUGAAACCAUCAGAGACAACGACUGGCAAACCCACAGAUGAAACAACCAGGAGAACGACUCGACAACCAUCAAAGACAACGACUGGCAAACCCACAGAUGCGACAACCAAGCCAACGACUCUGAAGCCAACCACAAGCACCACUGGGCGAACCACUGCCUCUCUUCCGCCGUUCAAUAUCUUCGAUGUGGACCGAUCUGUGGCCCCAACGACGACGACAGUGGCAGAUGUCUAGGCGGACCGGGCCGAUGGCUGGGACAGUCAUUAAGUAGUUAAGGGAAUGAGCAGAUAGAGCAGAUCUAAGGCGCUAAUCAAUGUACAUAUAUUUGUGUGUUUUA